GGCCCGGAGUGGUAGCAGGGGCCUUAGGUGGUCGCUGGUGCCUGUCCUCCUUCCGUCCGUGAUGUCGGCCUGCAAGCGAGUGGCGAAGGAGCUGGAGGACCUUCAGGAGGCGCUUCCCCCGUAUCUGCAACACCUGUCCAGUGAUGACGCCAAUGUCCUAGUGUGGCAUGCACUCCUCCUGCCCGACCAACCUCCCUACCACCUCAGGGCCUUCCGUCUGCGCAUUGACUUCCCCAGAGAGUAUCCUUUGAAGCCCCCCACGAUCAAGUUCACCACCAAGAUCUACCACCCCAACGUGGACGAGAAUGGGCAGGUUUGCCUGCCUCUCAUCAGCGCUGCCAACUGGAACCCUUACAAGAAGAUCUGCCAAGUCUUGGAGACUCUCAACGUGCUGGUGAACAAUCCAGAUCUGAGGGAGCCUGUGCGGAUAGAACUCGCUGACCUGCUAGCCCAGAACCCCGAGCUGUUCCGGAGGAAGGCUGAGGAGUUCACCCUCCAAUUUGGAGAGAACCGGCCAUCCUGAUUCUGGUCCUGAGCCUACCUGUCCUGCUGCCUCUGCCUGGGGGAUGGAUAUGACAUUCCGUGUGGACUGGGGCCAGCGUGUAGCGAAUGCUCCUUCCCUAGGUCACCUGACCACAGGUGUGCCCUGCCCACUCCCACAGCCACAGGAGUUUAGUUUGUAGAGGAACAGGCCAGCCAUGCUACCUUCUAGGCCAACUUGGAAAAAAACCAGAAUCUCCCUCCCCCUACUAGGGUCCAGAAACAGAAGAGGGGGGAUGUGGACAGGAGGCAGGAUGCAUGGAAACCAUGCAAACUCACAGGCAUGCACACACCCAGUGCUAAACCUUUUCUUUCUCACACGGAUUGCAAGAAGACUCUGACUCAGAAGAGUGCCAGUCCUGGGGCCCUGCUGUGCCCUCUGGCUUCUGGUCCUGGGGCCAGGGUUUCAUGCAUUUGUCUGCUCUUGAAAGCCACAGAUGAAUUCCGAGUCUCUGUGGAUGAUGGGCUGGGGACUCUGCUGCCAGCUAACAAAAUGAAUGACUUUGACUUUCAGGACAUUCUAGGCCUAUCAGAAGGCUAGAUCUUCUAUGGGCAGAUGGCCCUUGGUGAGGCCCCCCACAGGUAACACCCCCACUUUACAGAUGAGGUACUGAGUGAAUGCCCAAGGCAAAGUUCUCCACAGCUUGACUUGGUUUUGGUUGUCUAUUUGUUGUUUAUCAUGAACUGCUUUUAUCAACCACCAGAUAAAGUGGCAGAUAAAGCUAGGCUGGAUCUUUAGUAGGACAUUAGAACCAGCCCAGGGCUUUACCAUGAUGGGCAAGAGAAUGA